AUGGUAGAUGGCUUGGACUUCAUUAAGGAAAGUUCCUUCCACAGAGAGUACUCUCUUAAAAGCAUGAUAAGUCCACAAAUUGUUUCUGAAAUGGAAUUAACUCAACUGGCUCUGAUUCAGCCACUAAUACUCACUAUUAAAGAGGAAUCAGUUCUCAAGGAUUCAUUUAAGAUGCUUCAGAAAACAGAAUUUGGAAUUUUUCAGGAAUUUAUGUCUUUAGAUUUUAAGAAUAAGCCUGAUGAGUUCAUCUAUGGGAGUAAAUUAAGCAACAGAGAGAAAAACAGAUAUCGAGACAUUCUUCCAUACGAUUCAACACGUGUUCCUCUUGGGGAAAACAAGGACUACAUCAAUGCUAGUUAUAUUAGAAUAAUCAAUUCUGAAGAAGAGUAUUUUUAUAUAGCUACUCAAGGUCCUCUGCCAGGUACCAUGGACGACUUUUGGCAAAUGGUUGUGGAAAACAACUCUGAUGUUAUUGUGAUGAUAACCAGAGAACUUGAAGGUGGAAUAGUCAAAUGCCACCACUACUGGCCCAUUUCUGUAAGCAAGCCUUUGGAAUUGAGAAGCUGUCGUAUUUUCCUGAAGAACUACCAGAUGCUUCGAGAUUUUGUCAUUCGAAUAUUUCAAGUUGUAAAAAAGUCUACAGGAACUAGUCAUCUUGUAAAACAAAUGCAAUUCACCAACUGGCCAGACCAUGGCACUCCUACCUCAGUAGAUGAUUUUAUAAAGUAUGUUCGCUAUGUGAGGAAGAGCCACCUUACAGGACCUCUCGUGGUUCACUGCAGUGCUGGCGUAGGCCGGACGGGGGUAUUUUUAUGUGUGGACGUCGUGUUCUGUGCCAUUGAAAAGAACUUUACGUUCAAUAUCAGGAAUAUAGUGUCCCAAAUGAGACAACAACGUCCCGGCAUGAUUCAAACGCAGGAGCAGUAUAAGUUUUGCUAUAAAGUUGUGCUUGAUGUUUUCCGGAAGAUUAUGUCUCACUUAAAAUUGUCAUGA